UUUGGGCGUUUUCUUUUCUUUUUACAGCGGGAGGAACUUUUGGGGAAUAACUGGGAGGCGUUUGGCUCCCGCUCCAUCUUUCCCUCGCUGUUUAGAAGCGCUGGAGCAGCCGGGCUGAUGCCAAGGGCCCGCUCAUCCCAGCGACCUGCCCCGGGCAGACAGCCCGCCUAGCCAGGGAGGGAACCCCCUCUCCUCCUCCUCCUCCUCCUCCCUCUUCUACUCCUCCUCCUCCCUCUUCUCCUCCUCCUCCUUCUCCUCCUCCUUGGCAUCCAAGCCGGAGCUCACCCUUAUUCCUCGCUGCUGCACUUGCUUCUCCUCAAAUUCUCGCUUCCCUUACCCGCCCUGGGGGAGCUGCUGGCCACCGACCAGUGGUCUGGCUCGAAGGCUUCUUUUUGUGGAGGCCAAAACGUUGCCCGCUGGCAAUGACCCACACAGCCGCGCCGGCUGCUUCACUGCGGGGCCAGCAGCCCCUUCCCUGAGGUGGCCGGGGGGUGAAUCCCAGCACAGAUCCUCCGGAGGGGUAGGGAGGGGCGAGCAAAAGUCCCCUUGGAAACAUCAAGGAACUUUCCUGUGGCAGAUGCGUGCCCAGAAACGGGGAAAAAAUCAGUUUCCCUAAAGGAAGCGAUGUGUUCUUUCACGCUCCGCCCCUCUUCUUCAGCAGCUCUUCGCUGGCUUCCACGAGUUUAUUUGGGUUUUGCACUUAAAUCCCCCUUUGGGGCGAGAGGCUGAUCCGUAACCCAUCCCACAUACGCAGUGCUUUUUGCUGCGCGCUCUCCUGCUGGGAUGCGCCCCAGGAAAGAACACUUGCCAAAAUGCGAGCGCAGAAAACGUCCGUCGCCGUGGCCGCUGCCUCGCGCUGCUGUGGCAGAAGCCAGUUCAAGCUGUACUGGAGUUUUUUUCAUCAUUAUUUUCUUUCCCCGUGCUGUUCCGUGUCCGUGCUGGAAGCGCUGUAACUGCACAGAGAUAAACCCGCUGGAGUUUUUGCCUCGUUUGUUUUGUUCUCCUUCCAGGUUUGUACAAAAAGUCUGGAAAACUUGUGUUCCUGGGCUUGGAUAACGCCGGCAAAACCACGCUGCUGCACAUGCUCAAAGACGACAGGCUGGGUCAGCACGUCCCCACGCUACACCCCACAUCGGAGGAGCUGACGAUCGCCGGAAUGACCUUUACGACUUUUGAUCUGGGUGGACACGAGCAAGCUCGCCGAGUCUGGAAGAACUACCUGCCCGCCAUCAACGGGAUCGUCUUCCUGGUGGACUGCGCGGAUCACUCGCGCCUGAUGGAAUCCAAAGUUUUUCUUAAUGCACUAAUGACGGACGAAACAAUAUCCAAUGUGCCAAUCCUCAUCUUGGGUAACAAAAUCGACAGACCGGAGGCCAUCAGCGAGGAGAAACUGCGGGAGAUCUUUGGGCUCUACGGACAGACCACGGGAAAGGGAAACGUGCCGCUGAAGGACCUGAACGCGCGCCCCAUGGAGGUGUUCAUGUGCAGCGUGCUGAAGAGGCAAGGCUACGGCGAAGGCUUCCGCUGGCUAUCGCAGUACAUUGACUGACACUUGGACGGGCACAAAAGAGUUUUACUCCUCUGGACUGAUCCUGUUCGCAGCUUCCUAUGGACUUUUCUUAUUAGAACACGGAAGGCUUUUCCAACCGCGUCCUGGCGUUGGCCAAGAGACUCCUGGUUUUCGGCUGCCCCAUCGCACAGUGGUGACACAACUCUUUUCCACGUGACGGGGAGGCGGCGCCGUGCCGCAGGCGGGUGCAAGUUGUCCCUUUCAGUUCGGUUACGGCGGGGCUGGUGUGAUCUGGGAAGUAAAACUCUGCACGCUGCACUGUUAACAGCUGAAGAAGAGAGCACGUCUCACCACUGUGGUUAAUUGACUUCAAAAAAAGAAAGAAAAAAAAGAAAGAAAAAAAAAAAGAAAGAAAAAAAAAAAAAGAAAGAAAAAAAAGCAAUUAUAUUUUUUAAAGGAAGUGUUAAUGUUAACGGCGUCCCUUCUAACUUUUUAGUUUAACGUUCAUCUCGUUUAGUCCAGAGUCUGGUUAGGGUUUUUUAAAAGCAUAUUUAACGAUAUUUAGGUAUUUCACCAAUUACCGAACCAAGGAUUAUCACGAUAUUAGAAGUCCUCAAUAAACAUAGCAUUUGGGCUUAA